GGGACAAUAAGGUAUCUUCAUUGUUUAGAGUUAUAGCAGCCAUUCGUUGAAGUAGUUUGACACUUUAGAAAACUGUACUCUAGGCUUAUAUAAAAUAAGUUAAAAUCUUUGUUCACGGGCUGAAAGAUGGCUCAACAACCCACAAGCAGUGCGUUGAGAGCCCUUGCCCUGGAGUUUAAAAGUCUGCAAGAAGAACCCGUUGAAGGUUUUAGGGUGAAACUUAUAAAUGAUGAAAACUUAUUUGAAUGGGAAGUGGCAAUUUUCGGACCUCCUACUACUCUUUACGAAGGCGGUUAUUUCAAGGCUCAUGUGAAAUUCCCUCCUGAUUACCCUUAUUCACCUCCGACUAUCCGUUUCAUGUCAAAAGUGUGGCAUCCUAAUGUGUAUGAAAAUGGUGACCUGUGUAUAUCUAUUCUUCAUCCUCCUAUUGAUGACCCACAGAGUGGUGAGUUACCUUGUGAGCGCUGGAACCCAACACAAAAUGUUAGAACAAUAUUGUUGAGUGUGAUAUCUCUACUCAAUGAACCCAAUACCUUUUCUCCUGCUAAUGUGGAUGCUUCAGUUAUGUAUAGACGUUGGAAAGAAUCUAGAGGAAAGGACAAGGAGUAUGAAAACAUUGUCAGAAAACAGAUUGCAGCAAGCAGAACAGAAGCUGAGAAAGAUAAUGUGGUUGUGCCAACAACAUUAGAUGAAUACUGUAUUAGACAGAAACCUAGACCACAGGAAUCUGAGGCAGACAUGACAGACUUUUAUGUUGACGAUUAUGGAGAUGAUCUUGAUGAUGAUGAAGAGGAAGAAGAGGAAUAUAAUGAAGAUGAUGAAGAUUCAGGAAAUGAAGAAUCAUGAUGAUGCUCAUUUUAUUUUCUAGGAUCAUUUCAUUGUUUCUUCAUACAUCAAAAUCAACAAAAAAGGUGUGCAUCUACUGGUGGACACUUUUUUUUCGCAUUACACAUCAGGUUUGAGACAGUAAAUUUGGGCAGUAUUUUGGCAGCCACUUUUAAGGGAAAAAAAUUCUCUUUAUCUACUAGCUGACUAACACAAAAUAGAAACACACUAACUCAAAAAGAAUAUUAUCCAUUUAAUUGUAUUGUUAGUCAUUAAAAUUGUUUUAUAUAGAUUGGAUGAUUUUAUAAUACAUCUCAAUUCUAAAAGAACACAAUUAUAUAUCUAACAACAAUGUAAGAAGAAGCAAACUUCACCACCAUGUGUAAUGUAAUUGACAUUAUAGUGUAAAUUAUUAUCUAUAUUUUUCUCUUGCAAUAGUGACUUUUUUUCCAGGUAAAGUAUUUUUGCAUAAUGUAGAAAACUGCACAAAUUAUUAUAUAUCUAGCUUAUUUUUUAAAGAGAAUUAAUUACAUGUAGAAAACAGAUUUUUGCAUGUAAUGCUUCUUGCAUUUUUUAUUAUAGAAAAUUUUUGUAUUACAUGUAGUUUGUUUUUAUUUUUUCUUGACUUACAAUCACUGUAUUUCUAUUUAUAAAUGUAGAUGUACAUCUGUGUAGGUUAAACUUUAAAUUUACAUAACUUACUGUUCGGGCAUGGAGGACCUAUGUGUGAAAUAAAAGUGUAAAGUUGUUAUAUACACCAUUUUAA